AUGACACACUUUCUUCCCGGACUAAAAACGUCGACUGUUCGGAAAUUCCAGUUCCAUCGCAAACACGAGGAUGUGGCAUACAUAACACAGUCCUGGCUCAUAGCAUGUCUUAUUCAUCGAGUUCCUUUUGUUCCAGGAAAUGGUAAGAGCCGAGUAACGACUGGAAGACAGAGGAGAGAGAAGUGCCCCUCCACUGUCCCAGUAGCCUACAUCUCCAGGACUCGAGGGUUCAGUCUUAGUCCAGCAGUUACCCGAAGAAGAGUCUGCCAAGCCGAUCCUGGAUUAUCCUUCGUCCGAACUCCGGUUCAGCCUUGUCUUCUAGGAUUUACAAUUGGAAUAUUGAUUAUUAAGGUGAGUGGUGAAAUUCCACGCGAUCUCAACCCUCUACCGUUGACCUCACCGGAAGUGGUCGGAGGGAAAGAAAGAUUGACGUGUAAAAGCCAUAUCCGGUUAGGUAUCGGGGACGCCGCUCAAGAAGGCACUUGUUUGGCGUUUGAGUUAUGUCUCUAUCGCCGGGUGUGA